AUGUCUUACUCGGACAGGGUUGUGUUAGCUCUUGGAGGAGCUGGAACGGUGGGCUCUGGGGUCGUUAAGGCUCUGCUGGAUAAAGGUUUUAAAGUUGCAGUGAUCUCCAGGGACGCCGGCCGACUCGACAAACUCCGGUCCUUCGUCUCUCCCAACACAAAAGAUCGCCUCACCACUGUAGUGGGCAAUGUGGGUUCGGAGGAAGGAGCAGAGGAGGUGAAGCGGACCCUGCUGAAGGAGGUGGGGAAGGUGACCGAUAUAGUUUCCUCUCUGGGCUUCAGCUGGUGGCAGGGAGGACCCCCACACACCCAGACCCUCAAAGACCUGAACUGGGUUAUUGAAACGUUACUUUUCAGCACAUUUGUGUCCUGGAAGGCUUUUUUCCCUUUGGUGAGGGACAACUCAGAUUAUACGUACACCUUCAUCACAGGAGGAGCCGGAGAGAAGCUGCUGAUGCCCGGGACCGGCUUCCUGACGGUGGGAGCUGCCAGCACCCUGGCUUUCUGCCAGGUCCUACGAGAGGAGUACCCCCAGGUGCCCUGUAAACUCAACCAGGUAAAGAUCAACACUGGUGUGGCGACACCGGAGCGUAUGGCACCGGGCUACCUGAACCACCUGGACCUGGGCGAGGCCGUUGCCACCCUCCUGGAAAGAAGAAACGCCUCCCACACCGUUUUCACUGUGAACUGCCCUGCAGACUUAAAGACUAUGCAGCUGGGGGGAAACAUUUAAACUAAAAAAGCCCUUUUCAGUGCAUCUCAAGCUUGUAGUCACAGGAACCACAUUUUUCUGCUCUCCUCAG